ACCCCAAUCAUUCAAAAAACCAAUGCUUCCGUAACUGUUGCAAACUUUCAACUCAAAUUAGUUUUCUUUUACCCUCCUAAACCAUUUGAAAGCCCCAAGAAAGAAAAAGAGUCCCCUUCCCCUUUCCUCAACUUACAUAGAUUCAUCGCCACUCCAUUCCAAAUUUUAUUUUAAAAUCUUGAAAUAGAUAUAUUGACAGACAGAAAGAAAGAAAAUAACCUCUCUCUCUUUCCUUUCUCUUCCCUUCUCUUCUAUUUCAGCUCUCUCUCAUCUUCUCAUUUUCCCCUUUGGAAUAUCAUCUGGGGUUUUUUUUUUUUUUUGGUUUUUUCAUUUGGGUUUUUUUGGGAGAUGGUUUUCUCACUUGGGUUUUCUUUAUUUUCUUCUAAUCUCAGCUGAUUUUACUCAUCCGGAUAUUCCCACUCGGUGGUUUUCUCCUUUGUUUUUCUUUUGAUUGGGAAUGUUCCAUUUACUAUGGAUGACACCCUUAGAUCUGCCUUCUUUGGUGCCUGAUCCACAGCUUCAUUCAAGCAUGGAGACUCUUCAAAAGGUCAGAUGAUGGCUGCUUUUGUUCCUUUUUCUAUUCCAUUUCAUGUUAGUGGAUUAUGAAUAGAUCGGGGCUUUGUUUUAGCUGGAAUGGGGAACCAAUAUUCCCUUCCCUUCUUGGGAUUCUGAUCUUUUAGUUUAAGAAGCUUUCAAUGAUGCAUAGUUACCAGAAAAUCCAUUGGGUUGUUGGGUUUUUGGGAUUUUCGCGGCCGGUGGUGUUUCGGGCAAGUACUUUCCUUCUGUACCUGUUCAUGGUGCAGAGCUACAGGAACCCUCCAUUCCAGAGGUCCUCUAGCGGAGCAGUGUCUGAUUGGACCAUGUUUAUCUAGUGUUUGCUGUGAUGGGGAACAGCACUUCUCGUGUCGUUGGGUGCUUUGUACCAUUAGGCAAUGGGAAGCACGGGGUCAAUUUAGAGUUCUUAGAGCCAUUGGAUGAAGGAUUGGGGCAUUCCUUCUGUUAUGUUAGGCCGGUGAUCACCGACUCUCCUGCUAUAACCCCAUCAAACUCUGAGAGGUUUACAGUCGAUUCGAGUACGCUGGAUUUGGAAACGCAAAGCGGCUCGUUCAGACGAGAGAUUGUCGAGGAUUCAUUGGGUUUACAAAGACCCAACAAGAAUUUCCCCGAAACUACAUUCAAGACGAUAUCGGGUGCGUCAGUGAGUGCCAAUGUGUCUACUGCUAGGUCCAUAAAUCAAAGCGCGCUGUUUGCGAGCGAUGCCCAAGAGCCCGCUGCUUCUUUCGAAAGCACGCCGUCGUUCGCUGCAAUCCCUCUGCAGCCGGUGCCUCGUGGGUCGGGGCCAUUGAAUGGGUUCAUGUCGGGCCCUCUGGAGAGAGGGUUUGCUUCAGGGCCUUUGGAAAGAGGGGGUGGCUUUAUGUCCGGGCCCAUUGAGAAGGGUGCUUUCAUGUCAGGUCCUUUGGAUAGCACGGACAAGACCAACUUCUCGGCUCCCCUCGUAUACAGUCGAAGAAGAAUGGGUUUUGGACGUAUGGUUAGGAGCAUGAGUAGGCCCAUGAGAAAUGUUCUCUCCCGUACCUUUCCGAGGCAUUCUUCGGGGUCUGGUUGGAUGCAUCGUUUUUUUUUGCAGCCAGUGACACGGUUUGUGUGGCAUCCCAAGGGGGAGAAGUUCCAUCCUGAAGUCCCAAGGAACUGUUUGGAGGUCGGGCCAUCUGUGGGUGAGUAUAGUAAUACCCGGAACUUGCAAUGGGCUCAUGGCAAGGCUGGUGAGGAUAGGGUCCAUGUUGUGCUUUCUGAAGAACAAGGAUGGUUAUUUGUUGGGAUAUACGAUGGUUUUAGUGGCCCUGAUGCUCCUGAUUUUCUCAUGGGCAAUCUUUAUAGGGCAAUAGAUAAAGAACUAGAAGGGUUGCUUUGGGAUUAUGAAGAUAAAUCCGGAGCAAACCCGCCUGCAUCUGAGCUUCUUGAAAACAAUAAUGUUGGGGCUCUAACAGAUUGCAGAAAAGAGGAUUGUGUAAUUUCUCGAUUGUGCGAAGGGGCCCCAUUUGAUGGUCCAGAAGAUCCAUGCGCAGCAGAAACUACAAAUAUUCAAUUGAACGUUGAUGAAACUGACAGACAAUCUGCGGUGGCAAUGGCUUUCCCGGAUCCACCAGUUGAAAUCAAUGAAAUAGUUGAGGAAAAAGACAAUCUAGACACCAACCAAGACCUUAGUACAGACAUGGGCUUGAGGAAUGCAGAUGCUGCAGGGCCUAGUGGCACCUCAAAGCAGGUUGCCUUUCAUGUUUCAACAGAAAAGUUGGCUGGCCAAGGCAGGAAAAGCAAGCGGCUUUAUGAGCUGCUUCAGAUGGAGGAUGAGGAUACACAGGGUUCGCCAUCCAUAUUGGAGGCUGGCAACCGGAGAAGGGCUACGUGGGAUUUACAGCUAAGUGGGGAAUAUUUUCGUUCCCAGGAAAAAUUACCAGCAGCACAACCUUUGUCACGUUCGGCAAGUGCCAAAGGGGACGGUUCAGGUCGCCUGGGAGAAGAUAUCAGAUCACAGGUAGAUGAAGGGGUUGCUGGGGAGGAAUCCAAACAUGGCAGUGAGGCUUCUUUUUCUAUUUCAGGGCACAAGCACAUGAAGCGAUCUCUGAUUGGAUCAAAGCUGAGAAAAAUGUACAGGAAGCAGAAGUCCUUGCGCAAAAAGCUAUUCCCUUGGAGUUAUGAUUGGCACAGAGAUCAGACCCAUGUUGACGAGAGAAUAGUUGACCCAUUGGCAUCCAUUCGGAGAUGCAAGUCAGGCCCAGUUGAUCAUGUUGCUGUCUUGAAUGCGAUGUCACGGGCACUUGAGACUACGGAGGAGGCUUACAUGGAAAUGGUGGAGAAGGCACUCGACAGAAACGCGGAGCUUGCACUGAUGGGUUCGUGUGUUCUAGUGAUGCUGAUGAAGGAUCAGGAUGUGUAUGUCAUGAAUCUUGGUGAUAGCCGUGUUAUCUUGGCACAAGAGAGGCUGAAUGACCGCCAUCCAAAUCCUUCAAAAGAUGACGCCAGGCAUCGAAACAGGUCCAGGGAGUCGCUUGUUCGCGUUGAACUAGACAGGAUAUCAGAGGAGUCUCCGAUACACAAUCAGGCCAGCAUGAUGAGCAAGAUCAACAAGAACAAGGAGGUCUCCAUUUGCAGAUUGAAGAUGAGGGCCAUUCAGCUGUCCACCGAUCACAGCACAAGCGUCGAGGAGGAAGUUUUGAGGAUAAAAGCAGAACAUCCUGAUGAUAACCAAUCCAUCUUGAACGAUCGGGUGAAAGGGCAGCUGAAAGUCACUCGAGCAUUUGGUGCGGGGUUUCUCAAAAAGGUGUUGGGUUAGGUUGAGGAUCAUCUUAAGCCCAACCCAACCUCAAGAGGAGUCAGCUCGAGGCCCAACCCAACCCAAGCGACCCAACCCAAGGUAUUGAAUACUCAAACCCUAACACAAUUCGGGUUUGGUCGGUUAGUUUGGUUUCGUUCGGGUCACUUGCACCUAGUAAACUAACCCAUGAAAUCAAGCCUGUAGCCAUCCAAUAAUAUCAUUAAAAUAACAUUUGCAACUACCAGGAUAACACUAGCCGUAGAAACAGGUACACUCCUUCACCAGCAAAAAGUCUACAAUCGUCAAUCAUAAACUGAUAAAAUAAAUUGAAAAAAGAAACUAAUGUUUGGAGAGACUACUCAAAAGACAUUGGAUCACUUAGCAUGUGGGCCUUGGGUCAGUUCUAACCAUGGACCCUAUUUUCCAUGCAGGGACAAUUCCGAUCAUGAACCCUAUGUCCACAACAGGGAUGGUUCCAAUCACGAACCCUAUUUUCCAUGCCGGCCAUGACUUUAUGCUUUUAUUAUGUAUGUUUGUUAUAAGUAACUCAUAUGCAUAUAUACUGCAUAUAAUGUUGGGUUCAGGUUGGGUCAGGUUGCCCGAGGCCACAACAAACCCAACCCAACCCAACCCAACCUGGGGAUGACUUGAGGAUUUUCAGCCGAAGCCCUACCUAACCUCAAUCCAACCCAACCUAAAGUUCAUGUUGGGCCAAUCGGGUUUGGUUGACCCAACCCAAAUUGCACCCUUAGUGAUAUAUACAAGUAUACGUGAUGACUUUGACAUUGGCUAAUACAAUAUUUAUAAUGAAUCUUGUUGAACAAAUUUCCAGCUCUCAUGCAGGAAAUGUCACCUUGUCAAGCUAUCUCAUUGCGCCUCUAGAAUCUCCAUCUCUACCAAAGCUUUGUAUUUCUUGUUGGAAUUCCACAGACAUAUAUCCACAUUAGAGUCAACAAGUAGGAUAGUGUUGAUUCUUAUUUCAGCUUUCAGAAGUAUACGAGUACCCGGUAUGUACCUUAUAUCAGUUUGUGAGUCAAAUUAAAUACCACAUUUGAGAUAGUCUACAAAUAUCUAAAUUGGGUCAUCUGCUGACCACUCUGAGAUGGAAAUUCAUCAUUAUCAAUAAUGUAAGAAUGCUCCUACCAUAGCAACCAUGUUAAUGACUUCAUGUUGUUGCACAUAUGCCUUUUGACUUAUUUAGGUUAUGUUUGAACCUGUAAGUAGCUAUAGUCUCCAUUAUUAUUAUUAUUAUUUAGAGAACUGAAAUUUUAUUGAAAAGCCGCCCUGGUGGGAAAAAUACAAGAGCUAAGAAAAGAACCACGAAGAAAGAUCAACAUGGAGAGCUGAUCUAACAUAGAAAGCCCAUUCCGAAACAGCUAGUUUGACCAUAUGAAUGAUCUCUGCAACUGAGAAGUCCCUAUUUUGGAAACACCAGCUGUUUCGGGGCGCCAAACAUACCAAAAAAUCCCCAUAGCACUAAGCUUCCAUAUUGCUUUCUUGGAUUUACCCAUUAUACCACCAUGCCAAGUCCACAAAAGUUGAUUGACCCACUUUGGCAUCACCCAUGAGAUAUGAAAGAUGCUAAAGAAGUGUUCCCAAACCUUUUGAACGAAAGGACAAUGAAUGAAAAGGUGGUCAAUCCAUUCUGCAUCCCUCAUGCACAUCAAACAAAUGUUCGGGAGAAUAAGAGAUCUCCGUUGAAGAUUAUCAAUAGUUAGGAUCCUUUUUUUAUUUUUUAUUUUCCUACCAGCCACACAAAAGCCACAAUCCUCGGAGGGGUUCCAUAAGACCACUGGUGGAAAGGAAAGGAGUGAGGCGGAGAUGGGUUAGAAAUGAAGCUGUAGAACGAACGCAUUGAGAAGACACCAGAACUAUGACCUUUCCAAACUAACAAGUCUUCUUCUUGAGACGAAGGCGAGUGAAGCUUCAAAUAAUCGAGCAUGUUAAGGAAUUCCUCAAAAUUGUUGUCCGAUAAGUUUCGUCGACGAGGAGACCAAACACCGGCCUUGCCAAUAGACGAGUAGCAAUAAUCCAUUGUUAUAAAUUUGUCAGUAGCAAGGUAUGCCAAGCUUGAAAAAAUGACCUGUAAAGGCUUAUACCCACACCAAGUGUCGAUCUAGAAGCAAAUAUAAUCUUCCCUUCCAAGUGAAAAGGAUACUCUUGCAUGGAAUAGAUGGACAUAAUAGCCUUCCAUGCAUGGGAUGCGUGGUAGAGAGGAGGGUUUUGUGCUCCAUACCCCCAUUUGAGUACCAUACUUGGAAGCGAGAAGUUCCUUCCAAAGUUUACCCUCUUUAGAACCAAAUCUCCAGUGCUAUUUUCCAAGAAGGGCAAUGUUCAUAUGACCCAGGUUUUUCAAUCUGAAGCGACCCUUGGAAAAUUGCUCACACACUUCAUCCCAUUUAAGUAGAUCGAACUUCAUUUUAUCCUCAGCCUCCAUAAAAAGUUUCUUCUCAAUUUGUCAAGUUUAUCCAAAACUGACUUUGGGCAUUUGAAAAGAGACAGAAAAUAGAUUGGCAUGUUGGAGAAAGCCGUUUUGAUAAGAGUUAACCACCCUCCUAAGGAAGAUAACAAUGCUUCCAACUUGAUAAGUUUCUUUCAAUUCUCUCGAUAACCUUGUCCCAUAGAUGCUUCACUAGCUUACCUAUGCAAAGAGGCAAGCCAAGAUAUGAUAACGGGAAGGAUCCUGUUUUGCACAUGAAGACAUUUGCCAUUUGGAUCAGGACAUCAUGAGGCACAUGAAUCCCCAAUAAUUCGCUUUUGGAGGCAUUAACAUUUAGAUUCGAAACCGCUUCGAUGGAUACCAUGAUUUUUUGGAGAUCAUCAAUCGAAGUGAGGUUUGCAUCACAAAAGAGGAUUGUGUCGUUCACAUGCUAAAGAUGGCUAACUUGCACAUUGCACCCCUG